GCAGUGACGAAUGCGGAAGUCAGUGUUAUGGUGUAGGUUCGGGUUAGUGCUCAGAGUUAUUAAUAAUCAGAAUGGUCUCCGCUCAGAAACCCCAGAAUAUCAGCUCAGCGCCUGUAGAUGGAUUCAGCAAUAUAAGAGUUACCUCAGCCUGGACCUUCCUGCAGUCUAUCGAGUGGACUGAGCCAUGGCUGCUGGGGCUGCUGAUGUUUCAUCUCCUGUGCUUCGCUUUUACUCUCUUCACCUGCAGAUACUACAGACUACAGAUCUGCCACUUCCUACUGAUGGUUGCCAUGGUUUAUAGUGCAGAGUAUCUGAAUGAAGUGGCAGCCAUGAACUGGAGGUCAUUUUCAAAGUUCCAGUACUUUGACUCCAAGGGAAUGUUCAUAUCGUUGGUGUAUUCAGUGCCACUCUUGUUCAACAGCAUCAUCAUUGUGGCUGUAUGGGUGAAGAGGACAUUCUCAACCAUGACAGAGCUGAAGACCCUGCAGCUGAAUAGAAAAGCAGCCAGACAAAAUGCUAAGAAAUCCCAAUAGCUGGAGACUAGCAUGGCGUUAUUAUGGACUAUACCAGUAAAGUGACUGUGCUUGUCCUGGAUUCCCACAUUGUGUUCCAGGAUGGUGGAGGGGACCAGUAGUAUUCUCUAUUUGGAUAAAGUGUGGAUAAAGAAAGAUGUCAUGAUGGUGGUGAUGUGCUGAAAAAACCCUGACAUGCCAGAAGUCAUGGGAUAGUAUAUAUACAUGUAUUCAAAUUGAUCACGAGGUGUUACCUCAGGGAAAGGCUUGGGAAGACUCAAAUUUGUAGUCAGUUGUGUAAGUUGUGUGGUGUUAUCUUGUGAUCAUCGUGUUAAUGGGACUACAUCGUAGAAGUCAUUACCGCCCACAUUGGACAGUGCAGUGGGUGGUAAUGAUUGUGACCGGCUGCAUCUGGCUAGAACUGUCCUUGGACAAUGGACACCCAACACACACAAUGUAAUCACGCAGGUCAGUGCAGUGUUCUUUAGCUUCCAUAGGACACUGCUUGUUCUUGUCCCAUGAUUUUGGGCAUGUCAGCAUAAAUCCAACAUUAUAUUAUAAGCAUGAAGUAGCUGCUGCAUUAAUCUGGUUUCUGGACGCAACAAAAUCACUGAUAAGAGCUGAGUACAAUACAAAAUUCAGAAAAACAACCAUUAACAACAUUUAACAACCAUAACUGUAUGUUUAUUUGUCUGUUUUUAAUUCCAACAGGAUUAUAUUACUAUUGCUGUGUGCAUGGGAAAUGUAAAUUAAAUGUUUUUGGUAAUAAAUGCAUUGUACAGUA